AUGGGCAAUGUUGGCAGUAGACCCGACGACGGGGCUACUCUGUAUCUCAGGGACCCCAACAGAUUUACCAUAUCUUCCCUUGUUAUCACGAGUCCUCGCAAGCGCUCGUCCGUACACGUCACUCCUAAUGCCUUCCCACCGACUAGCCUCUUCGCCUCCAGACCCAACAACGAUAGUGCCCAUGUUGAGUUUGUUCAAGACCCAGAGAUCCUCGCCCCAGGAUCGGCCCCCGGUUUCCUGCUCAAGCUUAACAGCGACGACGAACUCAUCUUCACAUUCACCUUUGUCAUUCGCCAGGCGCAAUCGGCAGCCCUUGCAGACCUCCAGGCGACCGAUACAAACAUCUCCGGCCUCACCUUUGCCUACGGCUCCACCACUCGUGAGGUCGACAAUCUCCUGACACGCGAGUUCCACGCCGACCCCAAUCUUCACAAGAAUGCCAACGUCGAACUCGUCGGUGACUAUGGCACUAACGGUAGCCCUGCUGUCACCUUCGAGUGGACGUGGAAGUGGAAGCCACCCAGGGCCGUUGAGGACAAGACUGGUGGAUGGAGAAAUUCCUGCUGUUUUGUCGAGUAUGAUUCGCGUGCCCACCGACUGAAUGCCCUGGCCAGUUUUUCGUACUUUGUUGCAGCGCCCCCUACCAUUUUAAGCAGUCCCAGCUCGCCGACACCCUUCUACUUGGCUGCCCCUCCCAAAAUCCGUGUCGCCUCUUCGCAGUCGGUCGACUCCCGCUUGACUGGGGAUGUCAUCGACGAGCCUGUCUCCCCACUGAUUGGGGGCAACGAACUCACCCCUUUUAACAACCUGGCCGCUCCCACCACGUCGUCUCAGGAGCCUGUCAAGGUUGAGGUGGCAGGCCCCAAGCCUGGCGAAGAUGUGACUAUCAACGACGACGGUCCCGUCUUCCGUGCCACCCUCAAAGCUCUGGAACAAAAGACAGGCAACAUGCGCUCUCGGAUGAAAAAGGUCCUCAGGAAAGCAGAGCAGGCACACAUUGCACAGACAGAAGCAAAUGACGCGUAUUCUGGAUUUAUGGACGCCCUGCGGGAGGCUUCCAUAACGAACGCCAAUGCCGUCCAGCCCGCUGUCGAGCACUACUUUGACAAGAUUGCGCGCGAGAUUGUCUUGUACGAGCGCCAAAACACAGCAAACCUGCAGCGAACCAUCAUCGAACCCAUCCACAAAUUAUACCAGAUCGACAUCAAGCAGGCCGAGGCCAAGAAGCGCGAGUUUGAUGAGGAUAGCAAAGAUUACUACUCCUACGUAUCGCGAUACCUUGGACAGCGCCAAGACUCGGUCAAGGCCAAGAAGCUUGCUGAGAGCGACUCAAAGUACGAGACCAAAAGGCGAAACUUUGAGCUGAAGCGAUUCGACUACUCGAGCUUCAUGCAGGAUCUACAUGGCGGACGCAAGGAACAGGAAGUCCUUUCUCACUUGACCAAGUUUGCCGACUCGCAGACAAAGUCAUUCCUAGGCACGGCCAAGAAGAUCGAGGUGUUACUGCCCCAGCUGGAGGCGCUCUCCAGCGAGGUCCAGGAGGCGGACAAGGAAUACCAGUACCAAAGACGCGAACGCGAGGAGAAGCGUCGUGUCCUCGAGAAGGGUGGCGUGCCCCACCUGGAACCCGAGCAAGCGAGCAACGCUAUUUUAGCCACAGCAGCUACAGGCAACGGCGUCCAACCCGUGUCCAGCUCCGACUCCGAAUUGACGCGCGAAGAUAGCACAGGCUCGCGGCUCAGAAACGUUGCACCUGGGGGAGGCGUCAUGAGCCCCGUAGAGGCUUCCUCUACAGAUGCCAUGAGGUCCCCCGGCGGCCUAAGCAACAGCCCUAGCCAGGGCACCAAGUUUCGUGGCUUCCGAGACCUCGAAGAGCGGGACAGCACUCAGACCCAUGGCUCACAGCGGAAGGAAGGUCUUCUGUGGGCCCUCGGUCGUACCAGUGGCCACGUGGAUCCACGCAAUCUGGGCAACCUGAGUGGACAAGGCUGGCACAAAUUCUGGAUUGUCCUGGACCAGGGAAAGCUGUCAGAGUACAGUAACUGGAAGCAGAAGCUUGAUCUUCAUAUGGACCCCAUCGAUCUGCGCAUGGCAUCGGUUCGCGAGGCCCGGAACCAAGAGAGGCGAUUCUGUUUCGAGGUCAUCACUCCGAGCUCCAAGCGUGUGUAUCAGGCAACAUCAGAGGAGGACAUGAACAACUGGAUCGUCUCCAUCAACAACGCGCUCCAGAGUGCCAUGGAGGGCCGUGGCAUCACAGGGACCCCCAGAAGCUCCAAGACGGGGAGCGAAUCCUCCUUUAGGAAGGACAUCGGUUCCAUACUCACGGGCAAGUCCCACUCGCUCAGCCACGGGCACCACCAACACUCGAGCUCCAGCAGCGGUGUGCCCGUUCGGCGCAUCACGGUGGGCGCGCGGCCUCCGGCGGUGCGAACCACGAGCUCGGGAUAUGACGACACACCGGAUAAGCUCCUGCAGAUGGUGCGCAACAAUGACCAGGGCAACACUUGGUGCGCCGACUGCGGCUCGGGUUCCAAGGUAGAGUGGGUGUCGAUCAACCUAGGCAUCAUCCUGUGCAUCGAGUGCAGUGGGAUUCACCGAUCGUUGGGGACGCACAUCAGCAAGGUGCGGUCGCUGACUCUAGACAUCAAGUCGUUUACGGUCGACAUUGUCGAGUUGCUGCUGCUGAUUGGCAACCGCGUGUCCAACAUGGUGUGGGAAUCCAAGCUGGACCAGGCGCAGAAGCCGACGGCGCAGGCCAGCCGGGAACAGCGGCUCAGGUUCAUCACGGCCAAGUACGUAGACCGGGCAUACGUGGAACCCAUCUCGCCGACGCUAUCGCGGUACGCCAGUGCCGACGAGACGCUGCUGGCCGCGAUCAAGAAGAACGAGAUUCAGCAGGCCCUCUACGCACUGGCGCUGGGGGCUAACCCUAACGUGGUGGACAAGAUGAGGGGCACGCACGCCGUCUGGCUGGCCCUGGCAGCUGCAGAUCCAGCAUCACCAUCUCCCACUCCUACACCUGCAACUGGGCCGGGAGGUGGCGCUGAGGGUGACAGCAAGGUCGUGCCUUUCCCCGUGGCGGAGCUUCUGACACAAAACGGAGCCGAGAUACCAGCGACGCCACCGGCAUUCCCGUUGGGACGUCACGCACAGGUCUAUGUGGACCAAAAGAGGGGGAAGCCCUUAGUUGGAGGCAGCGGCGGUAGCGGCAGUGGAGAAGGAGGACGAGGAGGAGAGGGAGCAGGGGCCAGCGAAAGUCUCGGCUCGUCGCAGCAGUCUCUGGGUAUGACUGUAGCGGAGAAGCUGCAGCGCGACAAGGAGAGCCGUCUGGCGAAACGGAUGAGCGCAGGCGGACGGUUGGCGAAGUCGCCGAUUCCCGAGCGGUAG